AUGCCAGGACCAUUUGAUGAUGGUCGGUGGAAAGGAAGCGGGAGGCCAUCGUCUGUGCUGUGGCCCUCGUUGUGCCAGCAAUGGGCAUGCCUUUGCCUCGCGCAUGCGGAUCCGUUCUCAUCCGUCCAUAAAUGGAAAUUCCUCUUUUACUGUAAUCCAUCUGUUGCCUACCAGUACCACUGCCACUAUAAUACUGCCUUGAAGCUCCUCGCAUACUUCGCUUGCCGUCAGUAUUUACCGCCCCCUCGUGAGCCUCGAACCUCUCCUCGAAUAUUGCAAGAAGGCAUAGAAGUGAAUCUCUUGCGAACGAGGGUACCGUACGACGAUCCUCCGUUUGGACCAUUUCUAGAAAUCGACCUGCGCUUGUGA